UUGUCCGUCAAGCAACCAAUAAGAAAGCGCCUCCGACCAGGGAGCACCGCCUACCUCUCAGCACAGCCAUAACCUUAGAGCUCCUGUCCCGGCAAGCCUUGCGCUGGGCUCGUCCGUCAAGAAGAUGGCGGCAGGGACGGGUAUGUUUGUCUUUUCUUUCUCAGAGCACAAGUUGCUGAGUGCUGGACCCACAGAACCAUGGUCUAUCAGAGAAAAGUUAUGCUUGGCUUCUUCUGUCAUGCGGAGUGGGGACCAGAACUGGGUGUCUGUCAGCAGAGCCAUCAAACCUUUUGCAGAGCCAGGCCGUCCACCUGAUUGGUUUUCUCAGAAGCAUUGUGCGUCACAAUAUUCCGAGCUCCUGGAGACCACAGAAACCCCAAAAAGGAAACGUGGUGAGAAGGGAGAAGUAGUAGAAACUGUGGAAGAUGUUAUUGUGAGAAAACUAACAGCGGAACGGGUGGAAGAACUGAAAAAGGUGAUUAAGGAGACCCAGGAAAAAUACAGGCAGCUGAAGAGGGAUGCAGAACUGAUCCAAGCGGGGCAUAUGGACCACAGGCUGGAGGAACUAUAUAAUGAAAUUAUGAUGAAGAAAAGAAUGGAGGAAGAGGAGGCAGAAGUGAAGAGAAAAGCUACAGAUGCUGCUUAUCAAGCUCGUCAAGCAGUUAAGAAUCCAUCACGAAGAUUGCCGGGAAUGAUGGUUCGUUCUCCAGCAGGUUCAACCUCUCCAGGAACAGACUAUACUCUGGGGGACUUAUCUCAACCCAGUGUGGAAGAGGCUAGUCCAGGGGUAACUCCAGGGACAUUGCCCAGCACCCCAGUUGCCUCCUUCAUUGGGAUCCCUGACACCCCUAUGGGCUCCACCUCCCUGGAUGCCCCCAUGACCCCAGUCACAGAUGAUUCAGCCCAGAAAAAGAUGCUAGGACAGAAAGCAACUCCGCCUCCUUCUCCUCUGCUUUCAGAGCUGCUGAAGAAGGGCAGCCUCCUGCCCACAAGCCCCAGGCUGGUGGGCGAGAGCGACAUGUCCAUUUCUGGUCACACAAGUAGUUCUGGGAUCCUCCUGGAAGUUGGAGGAGUUCUUCCAGUUUUGCAUGGAGAAAUGCACUCGGCUUCUUCUAUUGUUCCUGCAUCCACUGCUGCUUCAGGUGCUCCUACUCUUUCCCGCCUUUUAGAAGCUGGUCCAGCACAAUUCACCACAUCACUUGCUUCCUUUUCUGCUGUUGCCAGUGAACCUCCAGCCAAACUCCUGCCUCCCCCUGUAGAGUCCGUGUCUCAGGCAACCCUAGUCAUGGUGCCUACGCUGCAAGCACCAGCGGCUGUGCCACCUGCUGCAACUCCAGAAAGUGUAGCGACAGUGAGUCAGCCCAACACCUGUGUUUCCAUGGAGGCAGUACCUGAUCCUCAUACUGUGACAGUGUCAAUGGACAGCAGUGAAAUUUCCAUGAUCAUUGAUUCCAUCAAGAAAGACUGCCUGGGCUCUGGGGCAACUGGUGCUGUAGGGACUUCUAAAGACCACAGCAUGGAUGGGAAAGAAGACCUGGACCUGGCUGAGAAGAUGGACAUUGCUGUUUCCUACACGGGAGAGGAACCUUCCUACACGGGGGACGAGCUGGACUUUGAGACUGUUGGGGACAUCAUAGCCAUAAUAGAGGAUAAGGUGGAUGACCAUCCUGAAGUCCUGGAUGUAGCAGCAGUAGAAGCUGCUUUGUCUUUCUGUGAAGAGAUUGAGGACCCUCAGUCCCUGACAGGCCCUUGGGAGCAUCCACUGCAGCGGGAGCAUCCAAUUCAGCAGGAGCACGAGAAGCAAAAUCAGAUGUCUGUGACAGUCAAGCAAGAGAGGCCAGAUUGUGAGGAAUCAGAGGCCAAGGGGAUUCGUGAUCUGAUGAACAUUGGGGAUCUGGGAUCAGAAGUAAAAAACGAGCCUGCUGAGCAGGGACAGAGUCAUUUGGGUUCUGAAGAAACAUCUGCCCUGACAACCAGAGCAAAUGAACCCUCCGAGUUGAGGGGUCAAAUCUCUGAAGAUGAAGAGACAACCGUUCCUGGGCUGGAGAGCUCGGAAAUGGAGAUGGAAUCCUCAAAGGACGAAAUGGAUCAUGAUGCAGUGAAGAUGGAGCUGCCUGGUGAUGAUGAGACUUCCUCUCCCCAUGCUCCGAGUGCAAGUGAAGACUCCUCACAAGCAGACCUCCACCACAAAUAUGAGCUGUCAGAAUCAAUGAAGGAGGAAGCUCAAGCUCUUUUUGAAACUCAGAUGAAGGGUGAAGAGGAUGAGGAGGAUGGUGCCAGCGAGGCUGCCAGUUUGGAGGAGCCCAAAGAGGAAGAUCAGGGUGAGGGGUAUCUCUCAGAAAUGGACAAUGAGCCCCCUGUGAGUGAGAGCGAUGAUGGCUUCAGUAUCCAUAAUGCACCUUUACAGUCUCACACGCUGGCUGAUUCCAUCCCCAGCAGCCCUGCCUCCUCACAGUUCUCUGUUUGCAGUGAGGAUCAGGAAGCUAUUCAAGCCCAGAAGAUUUGGAAAAAGGCUAUUAUGCUGGUCUGGAGAGCAGCAGCCAAUCAUAGGUAUGCCAAUGUCUUCUUGCAGCCUGUGACAGAUGAUAUCGCUCCAGGUUACCACAGUAUUGUACAGAGACCCAUGGAUUUAUCAACCAUUAAAAAGAACAUUGAAAAUGGACUGAUCCGGACCACAGCAGAGUUCCAGCGGGAUAUCAUGCUGAUGUUUCAGAAUGCUGUGAUGUACAACAGUUCUGACCACGACGUUUACCACAUGGCUGUGGAAAUGCAGCGAGAUGUUUUGGAGCAGAUCCAGCAAUUUCUAGCCACACAACUAAUCAUGCAAACGUCUGAAUCUGGGAUCAGUGCAAAAAGUUUACGUGGGCGAGAUUCCACCCGGAAACAAGAUGCAUCAGAGAAGGACAGUGUCCCUAUGGGCUCCCCAGCCUUUCUUCUUUCUCUGUUUGAUGGGGGAACCAGAGGACGCCGUUGCGCCAUCGAAGCAGAUAUGAAGAUGAAAAAAUGAUGCUGAAGGCAGAAGACAGCCUGCUCUUUGGCAUCUCGAUGAAGGAGAAGAAAGCAAGAAACUUCCUAAUACUGAGGGGGGCGAAAUCGCCGUGGACAAGGAAGGGCUGCCUUGUCUGUAUUUGGGAGUCUCAUUCUGGAACGUAUAUUUGGGGAACUUCCAGGAUUAAAAGAGCAGGUCCAUUGCCUGUUAUAAGGCAGCUGUAUUGGGGCCCUGUUAGUAUUCUUAUACUACCUAGCAAACUGGUGGCUAGUACAUACUGUAAUGUGAAGUGUACAGUUUUUUGUUUUUGUAUUUGUGAAGUGUAAAUGUGUAUAAUAAAUGAUAGUAGAGAAUUCUGUAUA